AACUGUCUGCGGAGGCGAGACGCCGGCCUCAUCUCUCAGCUGCAGGAGCUCGACCGGCAGAUCAGCGACCUGCGAUUGGACAACGAGGCAUCACAUGACCAGCUGGAGACGGACAGCCGACCCAGCUCAGGGUUCUACGAGCUGAGCGACGCAGCCUCCGGUUCUCUCUCCAACUCGUCAAACUCCGUCUUCAGUGAAUGUUUCUGCUGCAGUGCCGACCUGACGGACGCUUCCCACUCAGCUGUUUUGGAGUGUGACGGUCUGGUUGGAGGACUUUGCGAUGACUCGUCUUCUUCUUGGUACCGUCCGGGCGCUCGCGUCUCGGCUCCUCACCCUCCCGCCUUGGACCCCGUCUCCUCGGUGGCCUCGUGUGACUCCCAGUCUAAGUACCACUGUGACCUGGUGGCCCGAGGCGGUGGCGACAUGUUCCGGUACCCGAGCCCGCUGCAUGCCGUCGCCGUGCAGAGCUCCAUCUUCCUGCAGAUGUUGGCGAGCGGAGGACACGGCAGAGAUGAAGGGACUCUGAAAAGCAGGGAGGCCGGCGGUGAAACACUCAAACCUGAACCUUCCCCUCUUCCUCCUCUUGUACCUCAGAGCUCCUCCUGGCCGCUCCCCUCCUCCUCCUUCCAAACCCCCUCCCACAAGCGUCUGGACAGCUACAUCUACAGUCUGCUGCAGCGGAGGACCCAGCCCAUCAGAACCAGCAGACCCCGGACCAGCAUCAGCACGGAUCCAUCAAAGAGCAUCCUGAGGCAGGCCAGCCUCUGUGUGAGGCAGGUGUCUGGUCCCAGUUAUUGUUCUGGUUUAGGGACUCUGAGGGGAUCUGAACUCAAACCCUGCUGGGCAGUAGAGGGCGCCGCCACCUCGUCCCCUCAGAGGCAUUGCUCUGUGGAGAGUAAAGGCGAGGAACAGGAGGCUGAUAAUGGCUUCCAUGGCGGUGGGGGUGACAAAGCACAGAAUGGAUUAAAGUUUAACAGCAGUGACCAAACCGGCUCUCCUCUAAAUAACAGCAUCCAGACUCUCUGCUCUGCCACAAACAAGGACACUAACAGUCUGCUGAAAAGGAAAAGCAAAGGGCUUCUUCCUCCUGCAGGCGUGUCUGCGGCCACACUGCCGAAAGACUUCAGGGAGCUGGGUAGUCCCAAAACUACUUCCUGCCCUAAAGAAACCGACCCUCACCUUAAACCGCCACAAUCAGAUGCUACAAAGAACUACUCCAAGCCUCUCCAAACUGUCCAAACAGAGACAGGUGAUAGAUCGGUGCUGGAGCUCGCCAGUGUGGGAUCUUCCUCUCAGAGUCAGGAGGAAGAAGGAGGAGGAGGAGGAGGAAGUCAUCUGGUUAAUGCCAAGUACGUUCCCUCCCAGCGGCAGAAUGUCAAAGUCUGCAAAGGUGGCAGCAAGAAUGUCAAAGUUGUGAAGGUGAAGAGUCGGGCGUCUGAACACAACGAGCCGACGUCCGAGAGGAGAGGCGAUAAAUCUCACCACAGGUCCGCUUCAAAAAAGUCUCGGGUGUUAGAGGACGGAGGCUCGGCCCACAUAAAGGUCUACAAGAGAGCAGCUGGCGGAGCGUCGGGAACAUCGUCCUCCAGGAUCAAACGACUCCCUGCGUCUAUCCCAGAAGGCAAGGUCCUGGACAAACACAACACAUCGACUCUAAGCAGCGUGCGAUCGGGUGUUUCCAGGCACCAUCAUCAUGGAAACCACCAUAACAACGGCAGCAGCCAACAUCAUCACGGUCAGUCCCAUCAUCACGGGCGCGACCAUGUUGUGGUCGUCGCCAAACCGAAGUACAAACGAAACGAUUACCGGCGGCUACGAGCGAUCAUGGAGGUCCCUUACGACGAGGCGUUCAGGCGCGCUCAGCGGCGGCAGAGGAAGGAGCUUCUGAACCAGUCUGCAGCCGCUGGGUUCCUCCCCUCCACCGAGCAGCUCAGCAGCCCCUACUCUUACGUGGCAGGAAGUGACUCGGAGUAUUCGGCCGAGUGCGCUUCCCUCUUUCACUCCACCAUCGCGGACACCAGCGAGGACGACCGGUCCAACUACACCACCAACUGCUUCGGAGACAGCGAGUCCAGCGAGGAGGAGUAUGUGGAGGAGAGCACCACAACGAGCGAUACCGAGGAGAGCGGAGGAGGUGGAGCUGGAGGUGGGGCAGGUGGGAAGGGCAGGGGGCGGAGCCAGGUAGGGGCAGCUGGGACCAGGGCAGCGGGGCAGGAAAUGACUCCAGCUCAGGCAAAGGCUUUCGUUAAGAUCAAGGCGUCUCACAACCUGAAGAAGAAGAUCCUGAGGUUCAGGUCGGGCUCGCUGAAGCUCAUGACCACCGUGUGAGUCGAGACUGGACCAGAGCCAUAUCUGCUGAGGUGCCUUUCCGAUGCACUUCUAGUGUACCUGAACCAAACCUAAUGAACAGACUGACGGUGGUAGAACUGGUUCAUGGUUCACUUAUG